UAGUAUGGAUGGAGGAUCCUAUGUCUUCCCUGAUGGGAAGAGCUAAGACCCUAACAGGUACAAUUUCUGGUUUGGAGAGUUUCAAAGAUUCAGCAGAAAAGCAGCAAAGACAGCUUUUUUUGGACCUAAAAGGUUCUCUGCAUUAUGAAAGCCCCUUCUGGCCAGGCCCUAUCAGCAGCACCAGAUGGGGCUGACAUAGGCCCAUGUUGAGGUGUCAUCUUCCCAACAACACGCACGAGCCAAUCACAACACUCGUAGUGAGAGCCUGCCGCUCAAGAUAAUACCACUUGGCUCCAACACUGUGCAGUGUGUGCUGCCUCCCGCCUUCCUAAUUUGAGGCUGAGUGGCUGAGCCUGACCCGAAACAGGACUUGAAAUUCCUCCACAUACAGAUUAGGGAUUUUUUUUAAAUUGGAAACUAACUUCAAUUCACUUUAGAAUGCCUUGUUUGGUGCACACAUCUGGCUAUUUCAGAGAUUUCAGCUUUGCAGUGAAGUUGGUGGUAGUCAACAGAAGUCUCGACAUGACAUUAGCAAGGAAGGUUCUUAUUGAGACCCACACAUAGAAAAGCCCACAGGAGAACUGUGAGAGCUCACUUCAGGAUGAAGUUGCAAGAGCUAAGUACAUUUAACACCAGCAAAUGCUGUCCAUUGACCAACAGAUGCAAGAAGGUGCUUCUUCCAACAACUACAGCUCCUGUGAUGGGACCCUGGCUACUUGUACUUGGAGCGCAGCUUCCUCUCCUGCUGCUGUUGGCUAGCCUGCAGAGACCUACGGCUGCUAUUAAAAUCAACUUUGACUUGGCACCAAAUUCCUUUGAUGACCAAUACCAAGGCUGCAGCCAACAGGUCAUAGAGGAGCUAAGUCAAGGGGAUUAUUUCAUGAAAGAACUAAAAGGCCGAAGGAAUUAUUCCAAGGUCUGGCAUAAGGCUCACCUAACCUGGCUGGGCCGAGAUAAAGCCCUCCCUGAGAACAUGACUAUCACACACGCUGUGGUCAUCUUGGUUUACACGUUGAACAACAGUGUUCGCUCUGACUUCACCAGAGCCAUGGCCGGCGCUGGCAGGACUCCGUGGCAGUAUAAACAUUCAUUCCAUUUCAAGUAUCUACACUACUACCUGACCUCAGCGAUCCAGCUGCUGAGGGAAAGGAUUAGAAUGAAGAAUGACUCUCUGUGUUAUGAGGUGUAUCACGAGGCUGAUUUCUACUUGGAAGCCUAUGUAGGUGCCAUCCUUCGAUUUGGCCAAUUCCUCUCCACCUCGCUCUUAAGAAAAAAGGCACAGAAGUUUGGAAACCAAACUCUAUUUACCAUAUUUACCUGCCUGGGUGCACCUAUACAAGACUUCUCUCUCAAAGAGGAGGUCCUGGUCCCUCCCUAUGAGUUGUUUGAAGUUGUAAACGUGAGCUACCACCCGAGAGGAAACUGGUUACAAUUGCGGUCAACUGGAAAUCUGAGCAAAUAUAACUGUCAGCUGCUAAAAGCUUCCAGCAAAAAGUACACCCCUGCUCCUGCAAUUACUGUUGUUCUCUCCGUUUUCAUCAAUGUCAUCAUCUCUUCCAAAAGUGGAGUGUAAAGGAACCUUGCCAUUUUGAUUUUCCUGAACCCGUUUGCUUUAUUUCAGACAGGACACCCUGAAUAUCCUUGUGGAAUCACCCCUCCCCCAUAAUCAAUUGAUGCACAGCAGGCUUAGCCCAUUGUCUAUGAGUGGGCCUGUAACUCAGUAUGUUUCUUCUCCAUGGACACAGAGAUCCACACUAGAGUAGAAAAUAACCCAAUCAGAGUCUGAGAUAAAUUCAGGGUACUAUAUUGGCACUGGGACUAGGAUUGGGAUGGGGCUUUUUUUUUUAAAUGGAGAUGACCAAAAACAGAAUAUGAGCCUAGAGCUGCUAGCAGCUAUCAUGUCCCCAAGAGGGGAGACCUUAUCUCCCUGAGAAUGGAGUUAACACAGUAAAGGAAGAGUUAAGAAAUGAAAAAAAAACUAAGUCCACAUGCAAGUGUAUGAGCCCCUAUAUCCAACUGUGUCUGAAACUGGACACUGUGGGCUUUUUAAUUGUACGAAUCAAUAAAUUAUAUUUUUGCUUAAAUAAUUUGAAUUAAACUUUUUAUCUCAAGCAGUUGGGGGAGUUAUAAUGAAUGUAAGGACACACCCUUAAUUUUUAUUUAGUAAUCCUAAAUAAGAACAAAUCAAAUCUUAAGUUAGAAAGCAAAGGACCACUUCUUCAUCAAAUGGAAAAACUUUGAGACCCAGAGACAUAAUUAAGGAGGGAAUGUUCUUCAGAGAUUUUUAUUAGUAUUCAAGACCAAAUUAGUGUGGCUUCAGAUGGGUGGAAAUUUGAGAAAUACAAAGGGAAGAUGUUAGUGAAAUCACUAUCACUGCCAGCAAUGGGGUAUUGCAUAAAUGUUUCUCAAUUACAAAAAAUAAAAUUUAAACUCAUAUGUUAAUUUAUAUAGAACUUAAUGAAAACUGGAUUUUAAGUAUUCAUCAUUAAUUCACAUAUUUUAGGAACAUGUAUAGAGGACCCAUGGUAAUACACAACAAGGUGGGGAUUGACUGAGGGAGCAGGGGGCAGGGGACAGCAACAGGAGAAAAAUUGGGGCAACUGUAAUUGAACAAAAAUUUUUAAAAAAGGAAAGCAUGUGGAUGUGUGUGAAGAUAAAGUCAAAAAUAUGGGAGAAGAAAAGCAUCUAGUUACAAGCAAAUAUCAAUGAUAUAUUGAGUCCCCAUUAUAUGCAAACAAUGAGAUAAAAAGAAGGAUAAAUCUUUGAUUUUCACAGUUGGGAAUGUUCCCCCUCUCUUCUUCCAGGAAUACACCAUAUAGGUACAGUGAUGGAAGAUUACUUGACCUCAUCUCCAAAGACCCUUGUAUUGGGCUAAAUGGAAUGAAAGUGAGAGGUAGCUUCAUACCUUUGAAUUCUGAAAGUCCAUGCUACUUAGAGAUUUGGAUAAGAAACAGCAAAAGUGAAAAUCAAUUCAUGCGGCCCAAGCAGGACUUCCUGAAGGGUCUAUGUCAUGAUAGAGGAAACUCAGUGGGAAAUCAGAGGUAUAAAAUCACCUGGUAGAGAAGUCAGCCAUCUAGUACUAUGAUUGUUUACAUUGGGACUUUGAGAAUAUCAGGGCCAAGGACACUUCUGUCACAUAGCUUGCAAUGGACUCUGCACCCAAUAAAGCCAGCAUAGAGUUUCCAUAAAGACAAUUUCUAUGUUCACUACACAGGGACUUUGGCAGGUUAGUGGCUAUCUAGGAUCCAAGAAAGCUUUGAAGUAAGCUUUUGUUAGUGAGGCAGUGAUGAAAUGUAUCAGGAAUAGGCUCCCAACAUCUUGGAUAUUUUUUUCCUGGGCCAUAUAAAGGCAUUUAAUCAGUCAUACUAUGCACAAAGCAUUUUUGGGAUUAAACAUUGAAUAUACUAGGCCAGAUCUUCCAUGAAUUAAUGAGCUCUUGGGAAAAAUUAAGAAAAGAACACAAAUAAAUCACAAAGGAAAUACAAAAAAAAGAGGAAAAUUAAGUCUUCCACUCAUGAAAAUUCAGAACAGAGAGUCCUUCUUACUGAGGCAAGAUGAGAAGCUUCACACAGGAGACAGCAUUUGAGUGAGUUCUUAAGACACUGAAGCAGGAUCAAGGGGUGAGAGAAAGGAAGGAAAACAGUAGGGACAAGAACGUAUCAAGUGUUUAGUGCCAAAAGUAAGUAGUACAAAUAAUAAGUUUUUGGAGUUUAGAGAAAAAUGAGAUUCCUCUGGCCUGAGGCUGGAUAUGGCUUUCUAUCAGAGCAGAGGCUUAGGGGAAGAGCUUCACAUUGUUGGGAAAGAAAGCUGAGUAGAAGAAAGAGGUGAGAUGGAGGAAUGGUCAUGGCAUAUCAGGGUCAGAAAACAGACAGAUCUGCCAGAGUGGAGGAGUAAUGUAGACUGGAGUGGAAAGUUGGAGCCUCUCAGUUAUGCUCAAAAGCCAGACUAAAGCAUUUGAUCUCCACGAGAAGUCAGUCUUCUGGGUAAGAAAAUUCUCCUAAAUCAGUUACUCUUAAAGCAUACUCCCAGUAUCAGCAGCCACCGCAUCCCUGAAGAACCUGUUAGAUAUGUGAAUUCUAGGACCUGAACCCAAAUCUAUGGAAUCAACAACUGAAAUCGUGUUUAAUAAACCCUCCUGGCUUGUGACGUAUGUGACUAUAAUCCUGAAGGGAAUAAUAAAGUUUUUU